CAUCGCACUGUUAAUAUCACAAUAAUGACCAGUGCCAGUAUUUCUUACGACUACGAGAAGAACCUCGACAAAGGACGCAACUCCGAGUCCAUUGAGGUCUACGACGCUGAGAUUGAACGCUAUGGCAGCGGAGUAGUGGACACCAACGAAGAUGCCAUCUUGGCUACACAUGAGGGCUACAGACUAAAACAACACUUGAAGGCUCGUCACGUCAGUAUGAUCGCUAUUGGUGGUGCUCUGGGUACAGGUUUACUGAUUGGUUCCGGUUCUGCCCUCUCAGGCUCGGGCCCUGCUCCUCUCUUCAUUGGUUAUGGAUUCAUUGGUCUUUUAGUUUAUAUGGUUAUGUGCUGUCUUGGUGAAUUGGCUACCUACAUCCCAUUGGCUGAUGGGUUCUCUGGCUAUGCUACUCGUUACGCUGACCCUGCUCUGGGCUUCACUGUUGGUUACUGCUACCUGUUCAAAUACCUCAUCGUCACUCCUAAUCAGAUCACGGCUGGUGCCAUGGUACUGCAGUACUGGGUGUCAAGAGAAACGGUCAACCCUGGUGUUUGGAUUACUAUGUUCAUCGUGGUGAUUGUGCUCAUCAACAUCUUUGGUGUUAAGAUCUUUGGUGAGUUUGAAUUUUGGCUAUCGUGUUUGAAAGUGCUCAUUGUUGUUGGGCUGAUCAUCUUGCUCUUCGUCAUUAUGCUUGGUGGUGCUCCAACUCAUGACCGUUUGGGCUUCAGAUACUGGAAGGACCCAGGUGCCUUCAAGCCUUACAAAGGCAUUGCUGAUCCUUCUAAGGGUAAAUUCGUCUCCUUCGUCAACGUCCUGGUCACCGCAGUGUUCGCCUACUCUGGUACUGAACUGGUUGGUAUCACUGUUGCUGAGGCUGAGAACCCACGUCGUAAUGUUCCAAAGGCCAUCAAGCUCACCUUUUACAGAAUCCUGAUCUUCUACGUCUUGUCCGUCUUCCUCUUGGGAAUGUGUGUUCCAUACAACGACCCACUGUUGAUCUCUGCGACUAAGGCCUCCACCUCUGCCAACGCCUCUCCAUUUGUCGUGGCCAUCAAGAACGCCAAGAUCGGUGGCCUGGACCAUGUGAUCAACGCCUGUAUUCUGAUCUUCAUAUUCUCUGCUGCCAACUCUGACUUGUACAUUGGCUCAAGAACCCUGUACGGUUUGGCCAUUAACGGUAACGCACCAAGAUUCUUUGGUAAAGUUAACAGAUGGGGUAUCCCAUACUUUGCUCUUGCCCUGUGUGCCUCCUUCUGUUGUCUGGCGUACAUGAGUGUUGCAGAGUCUUCUCAGUCUGUCUUUUCAUAUUUCGUCAACGUGGUGUCGAUCUUUGGUCUCCUGACUUGGAUCACCAUCCUCAUCACCCACAUUUGCUUCUCACGUGCUUUGGCUGCCCAGGGUGUUGAUAAGAGCACCUUGACAUACAGAGCUCCAUUCCAGCCGUACGGGCCUUGGAUUGCGCUGGUGCUGUGCAUCAUCAUUGCUUUCAUUAAGAACUUCACUGUGUUCAUCAACGGUUUCAACUACAAGACCUUUAUCACUGGCUACAUUGGACUGCCAGUGUAUGUGAUUUUCUAUACCGUCUACAAGCUAUGGUUCCGCACGAAAAUGAGAGACCCUGCUGAGGUGGACCUUGUUACGCUGAAGCACUACAUAGACGAGGAGGAAGAGGAAGGAAAGAUCAAGGACCAGGAGAGAAGGGAAAGAUUGAAGGCCAGUGGUAAGAAGGACAAGGAGUGGUUCUACGAGAAGUUCCUGUCGUGGUUGUUCUAG